AUGAGGGCAGCAUUUCGGCCGUUGCGGGCAUUGGCGCUCGAUUCCACGGCCAUCGGAGCAGGCGCAGGCUGUUGGUCGACUUCCGGCUUCUCUACUCGCCUGACCUCGAAGAACUCUUUUCUGCGCCAGUCCCCGUUUCUCGGUGCAACCAAUUUCUCAUCAUGGAGACCGCAGCAAAUUGCCCGGCAUGCGAAACGCUUUUCCACAACUACCUCGCCUCUCUCGGCUCCGGUCAAGACCACGGCUUCGGUGAAGAACUCCACGCCGGAACAACAGACUCGGGGCAAGACAGUCAAGUACCUGGUUAUUGUCGGGUUGCUUGGUCUCGGCGCACUGGCCUUAUCCGACCAGGCCAGGCAUGCCUACCGUGCAGCAGAGAGAAGUGGUCGCGUGGUCGGCACAUUGGCCGUGUGUAUCAACGACUACCGCGUAACCCUCAAGCAAGAAACCUCCACCCCCGAAGAACACGACGACCUAGUGCGCGCAUGCCACAAGCGCUGCGCAGAGCGCACCCUGCGCGUACUCGAGAAGAACGGCUCGAUCUUCAUCAAACUGGGCCAGCACCUCAGCAGCAUGGGCUACCUGCUUCCAGUCGAAUGGACAACGACCUUCAUCCCACUGCAGGACAAAUGCCCCGUCUCGUCGAUCGAGUCCAUCGAGAAGAUGUUCGUCGCCGAUACUGGCAAGACCAUUGACGAGCUGUUUUCUACGUUCGAGGCCGAACCUACCGGCGCCGCUUCCCUGGCUCAGGUGCAUAUUGCUACGCUCAAGGAAACGGGGCAGAAAGUCGCUGUUAAAGUCCAGCAUCCCACGCUGGCGGAAUGGGUGCCCUUGGAUCUUGCUCUGACGCGGUUCACCUUCUCGAUGCUCAAGCGCUUCUUCCCGGAAUAUGAUCUGGAAUGGUUGUCGAGGGAAAUGGAUCUCUCGCUGCCAGUGGAGUUGGAUUUCCGCAUGGAGGGUGAAAAUGCCACCCGCGCGAGCGAAUAUUUCAAGAAGCACUCCGAUGCUCCAUUGGUCAUUCCCGAAGUGAUGUGGUCCCAAAAGCGCAUCCUAGUCAUGGAAUUCAUCGCCGGCCGACGUCCCGAUGACCUCGAGUUCCUCGAUGCCAAUAACAUCGACCGCGAUGAAGUCUCCGCCGCACUAGCGCACAUUUUCAACGAGAUGAUCUUCGGUGACGAGGCCCCAUUACACUGUGAUCCGCAUGGCGGCAAUAUCGCAAUCCGCCCCAACCCCAACCGGAAGCACCCGAACUUCGACAUCAUCUUGUACGACCACGGCCUGUACCGCAACAUCGACCGCGAGCUGCGCCGCAACUACGCCAAGUUGUGGCUAGCCGUCAUCGAUGCGGACGUGCCGCGGAUGCGCGAGUAUGCGUACAAGGUCGCCGGCGUGACUGACGAACAGUUCCCGCUCUUCGCUAGCGCUAUCACCGGUCGUGAUUACAGCGUUCUCACCAAGAAGAAUGUUGUCUCUUCUCGGACAGCCGGGGAGAAAGAGGAUAUCUCCGGCGCGUUAAGUGAGGGCAUGCUCCAGCAGCUCGUCGACCUUUUGGGCAAAGUGCCACGUAUUAUUCUUCUAAUUCUCAAGACCAACGAUCUGACCCGCAGCCUCGACGAAAACCUGCACACCCGCCAAGGUCCCAUGCGCACGUUCCUGAUUCUAGCACGGUACGCAACACGCACUGUGUUCGAGGAGCAGAUGGAGUCCAUCCAGGAGUCCGGCGGCGUGCUGCAUGUCUUCAACUUCUUCCGGUUCCUGCACGCCUGGGCUGGAUUCCUGCGCGUUGAGCUGAAGCUCUCUGUUUAUGAGACCCUGCUGGCACUGAAGAGCCGCUUCGGCCUGAGCAGCUAA